GGGCUGCGGCGGCGCCGGGAGGAAGCCGGGAGCCUCCCCGAUGGUGCCGCCGCCUCCGAGGCGGGGAGGGGCGGCCAGGGGGCGGCUGCGCGGGAGCCUGGGGCCGCUGCUGCUGCUCCUGGCGCUGGGACACACGUGGAGCUUCCGAGAGGAGCCCGAGGACGGCGACAGGGAGCUCUGCUCGGAGAACAAGAUCGCCACGACCAGGUACCCGUGUCUGAAGCCCUCGGGGGAGCUCACCACGUGUUUCAGGAAAAAAUGCUGCAAAGGGUAUAAAUUUGUUCUUGGACAAUGCAUCCCAGAAGAUUACGACGUGUGUGCCGAGGCUCCCUGUGAACAGCAGUGCACAGAUAACUUCGGCCGAGUGCUGUGUACCUGCUACCCCGGGUACCGCUACGACCGGGAGCGACACCGGAGGCGCGAGAAGCCCUACUGCCUGGAUAUCGACGAGUGUGCCACCAGCAACGAGACGCUGUGUGCACACAUGUGCAUCAACACCGUGGGCAGCUACCGCUGUGAAUGCCGGGAGGGUUACAUCCAGGAGGACGAUGGGAGAACGUGCACCAGGGGAGACAAAUACCCCAACGACACCGGGCACGAGGAGAAGUCUGAGAAUGCGGUGGAAGCUGGAACCUGCUGUGCCACCUGCAAGGAGUUUCACCAGAUGAAGCAGACGGUGCUGCAGCUGAAGCAGAAGAUUGCCCUGCUCCCCAACAGUGCUGCCGACCUAGGCAAGUACAUCACUGGCAACAAGGUGCUGGCCUCAAACGCCUACCUUCCAGGACCCCCUGGGCUGCCUGGUGGCCAAGGCCCUCCUGGCUCACCAGGACCAAAGGGGAGCCCGGGUUUCCCCGGAAUGCCAGGCCCUCCUGGACAGCCCGGCCCCCGGGGCUCAAUGGGACCCAUGGGACCAUCUCCCGAUCUGUCUCACAUUAAGCAAGGCCGGAGGGGCCCCGUGGGUCCGCCAGGUGCACCAGGAAGAGAUGGCUCUAAGGGAGAGAGAGGGGCACCUGGACCCAGAGGGUCGCCAGGACCCCCUGGUUCUUUCGACUUCCUGCUACUUAUGCUGGCUGACAUCCGCAAUGACAUCGCUGAGCUGCAGGAGAAAGUAUUUGGGCACCGGACACACUCUUCAGCAGAGGAGUUCCCUUUACCUCAGAAGUUUUCCAACUAUCCAGAAACCAUGGACUUCGGCUCUGGAGACGAGUACCCGAAAAGAACGGAGACAAGGGACUUGGGACCCACCAGAGACUUUUAUCCUUAGCACAUCCCAUCAUCCGUCACGCCAGAGGAGAGGAAAAGGAGUGUUUUCACCUGCAGUUAAAUCAUAUACAGGAAAAAAAAAAAAAAACCCACUGGAGACCCAGAAAA